AACUGAAGUUUUAUAUCACUAGAGGCAAGUCAACUGGACUGACUGGUCAGAGUAUUCGUUUCACAGCACAUGGUUCAGUCUAACAACUACUAACAGUGAGUUGGGGUUUGCUUUUGCGUGGAAAGGUUUGAUAUAUGAAUAUUCGUAUAUAAUACUGUGAGGUAUUGUAAUUUGGAUUACUUUUGAAUAUAGGUGGGUGGGUAGCACUGAUUGACCUCAGGAACACAGCCUUCUUGUCCUCACAUCCCUUCGGAACCAUUAUUCUCGACAUCUACACCUGGGCUAUAUCUUCGAGAACCAUUAUUCUUGGCAUCUACACCUGGGCUAUAUCUCCAAGAACCAUUAUUCUCGGCAUCUAGUAAGUAUACACUUGGGCUAUAUCUCCGAGAUCAAGAUGGAUGUCCAUGUUGUGCUGUUCUUUAUGAGCACCCUUCUCUGGAAAGUGCAUUCCCUAAAGUGUAUUAAGUGCAUCCCAGAGUCAGAGACAUCUUUGAACUGUACCAACACUGAGAUGGACUGCCCUAAUGGAAAGUGUCUGAGUCUGGGAAUAACAUCCUACACCGUGGGCUUGAAAGCAAAUCAUAUCAACAUGAAGUUCUGCUCAACGCCAGGACAGUGUCCCUCCGGAACAAUCAAUUAUGGGAUGGUAGUGUCAAGCUAUAAAAGUCAGUGCUGUGGGACCAACCUGUGCAAUGCUCAGGACAUGCCAGAUAUACCACUCGUCAGCUCAAAAAAUGGCCAGAAGUGUUUUACCUGUGCAGGACCGGAUUGUUCAUCCACAGUGGAUUGUUUAGGAGAUGAAAAUCGUUGUAUCAAAUCAAGAGUAAUCACUGGUAGUGGCGUCACCAUGACACUGAAAGGAUGUGCCUCGGAGAAUUUAUGUGGGGCGUCCCAAUCCCAGGUACUCCCCAACAUCCACACAAGCUCUGUGUGCUGCGAGGGAAGUCUGUGUAACCAUGGCGAGCACUCGCGGUUUGCUCUCGCCCUCCUUCUGAUGGCCUUGUCCUCCCUCAUCCUCACCCUCUGAACCACCUCUUUUUGUUUGAAGGGAGUAUGAGAUCAUCUCAGUUCUUAUUAGCCAGAGGUUACAAAACCUGUUCCACGCUCCAUGGAUUGCAUGUCUGCCAUAGGCACCCUUGUUAAAGGCAUGUCCAUGGCUUGUUAAAUGCUGUGUUUUUUUAUUUUUUUGUUGUUCUUUUUUCUUUAGCAGGAUCAUAUCAGAUUUUCUUGAUAAUUCACUUUUAACUCUGUGCCAAGUAAAUACGUAUGGGAAUGAGAUAUAAGUCUGUGAUUUCUUGCAAAUCCAAAGGCAUUGGAAAAUCAGCUUAAGCAAUCAGCAGCUAAAAUCUUAGGUUUUUGGACAUGGCUGAUCAACAAGGAUUUGACAUUUCAGUUGACAUUUCUUGGUUUUGACAUCUGGCAAUAGAUAGUGUAAAUAUUAUGAAUUUUAGUCAUGAGUAAUAUGAUAAUUAUUCAAAAUAGUUUAACUGCUAAAUGGUUUUAUUACUCGUUUUAUUUCAUUGUGUAAGCAUGAGCCUGGCUCAGGAAAUCUUUGUGUGAUUAUGUGAUAAAACAUUCCAGACAAUCAAUAAUCAAUAACCCAGUUUUUAAUCAUGUAUCUAUGUUACCUGAGACUUUCAAAAAGAUUUACUUCAAAGCAAAAAUAAAUGUUUUAUUCAUA